AAAUCCACCAAUUUCUCACCCUUUCUCUUCAUUUCUUCCACUUCCUCAAAAAUAUCUUUGAACUCUCUGCGGCGUGUGGGUGGCGGCGGCGAUGGCGGCGACGAGAGAGGAGAGCGUGUACAUGGCGAAGCUGGCGGAGCAGGCGGAGAGGUACGAGGAGAUGGUGGAGUACAUGGAGAAGGUCGCUGGCUUGGCGACGGAAGGGGAGGAGCUCUCCGCGGAGGAGCGCAACCUACUCUCCGUCGCCUACAAGAACGUCAUCGGCGCCCGCCGCGCUUCCUGGCGGAUCGUCUCCUCCAUCGAGCAGAAGGAGGAGGGCCGCGGCAACCACGACCACGUCGCCGCCAUCCGCGGCUACCGCAGCCGGAUCGAGUCUGAGCUCGCCUCCAUCUGCGGCGGCAUCCUCCGCCUCCUCGACUCCCGACUCAUCCCCGCCGCCGCCGCCGCCGCCGACUCCAAGGUCUUUUACCUCAAGAUGAAGGGUGACUACUACCGCUACCUGGCCGAAUUCAAGACCGGAUCCGAGCGCAAGGACGCCGCCGAGAACACCUUCUCUGCCUACAAGACUGCUCAGGACGUUGCGCUGGCGGAGUUGGCACCGACGCAUCCUAUCCGGCUAGGUUUGGCGCUGAAUUUUUCGGUGUUCUACUACGAGAUCUUGAAUUCGUCCGACAAGGCUUGCGAUCUCGCCAAGCAGGCUUUUGAUGAAGCAAUUGCUGAGUUGGAUACUCUUGGAGAGGAAUCAUACAAGGACAGCACUCUAAUAAUGCAGCUCCUACGUGACAACCUUACGUUGUGGACUUCCGACAUGCAGGAGGAUGGCGUAGAUGAGAUGAGAGAAACAUCCAAACCUGACGACGGCAAUUGACUGGUUGCCGGUGCUGCUCAUUGUGAUUUUUAGGUGCUUCGGCUUGCAGGUUGCAUCUGAUAUGGAGUAUGUAACAUUGUUGCUUGUCUAUGGUAUCUGACGGUGAACGAUCGUUUGUUGAAGUCGACCUUUUCAACUUGUUAUGUUUCCGACAUCUAUGGAAUCUAAUGGCUCUACUUUUACA